ACAGUCUCUCUCUCUCUCCUCACACACACUUCUUCACAGCAGAAUCUGGAAUUUGGUGAUCUGAAUCCAUCAAAGAUGGAGGAAGUCAAACGUGUCGAUGGGGAAGAUGUAUCAUCAGCACAAGCAGUAUUACUUGGAGCCCUUGCUCCUGGAGUUAACGGUCCAACCUGGAGUACCCUAAAAAUAGCAUUUUUUAUGCUGAGUCUGUGUCUAGCUGCUAUGUUGGGAUUGGCUUUCUCUGCUAGUGACUCUGCUUUGAUACUUCAUGUUACCUUCCUUGUUCUCAUCACUGGGACCCUGUUCUUGCUUCUUACCAGGUCAAGACACCCUGAUGUGAAAACAGGGAUGACAGUUGAUCGGGGCAGGGGCGGGGGGAGUAGUCUCUACUCCCGUACUCAUUUCAAAAAUAUUCGUUCAACCCCGGUUCACCCCUGUUUGUAGGGAAAAUUUUAAUCCCCGCCCCACAGAUUUCUUGACCAGACAGGCCUGGUUUCGGUUGAACAUCAGAUGCAGGAGAUGGGUUUGGCACCCAAAGAUAGUGGAGAGAAAAGCAAAAAGAGCAAUUGAAGAUUUUUAACAAUACAAUAUCAUUACAUCAACAAUUUUUAAAGGAGAAGACAUCAAAGGGGCCAUGGUAACAAUUUGGAUGGAGAUGAUAGGUACAAUUCUUAUUGUAUUCCUUGAGAAAUGAGCAGACAACGAGGAAGCAGAAAAUAUGAACUGCUAACUGCUAACAAAUCAUGACCCCUUUUUUCAUAUUUCAUGAGUCUCCUGUUGUCAGCUAAUUGCAUCUCUCAUGCAGCCUUUGGAUCCUUCUCUUUUGGUUUACUCUUCUUCUGCUUAAUGAAGCAGAAACAUGAGCAGCAAGGAAACUGGAACAACAACUUCAUGUCUUCGGUUUUUACAAUGAUAUCAAGGGCCAAAACAACCACUUUGUAUUGAGAGUUGCAACCCCUCUUAACCUAUUUAUAUUUGCUUUUAUGUAACUUACAGUAGAUUUUAUACCAAUUCAUUACAGAUAAAAAGAUGCCUGGCUUGAUCGUUG